GCUGGAAGUGGCUGUGCGGCGGCGACUGGGAAGAAGGCUGCGGCGGCGGCGGCGGCGGCCCGGGCGGCGGAGGACGCGGACGAUGGCAGACUUUCUGAAAGGCUUGCCCGUCUACAACAAGAGUAACUUCAGCAGGUUCCACGCGGACUCUGUGUGCAAGGCCUCGAACCGCCGUCCCUCAGUGUACCUGCCGACCCGAGAGUACCCGUCAGAGCAGAUCAUUGUGACAGAAAAGACAAACAUCCUCCUGCGGUACCUGCACCAGCAAUGGGACAAAAAGAACGCCGCAAAGAAGAGAGACCAAGAACAGGUGGAGGCGGAGGGCGAGAGCUCAGCGCCACCACGCAAGGUGGCCCGGACCGACAGCCCAGACAUGCCCGAGGACACCUAGGCCCGAUGCAGCACCCCUCGUCUGUCAGCUCUGUCCACUCCCGCCCGCGUGUGUAAGCACAGCCCGCCUCCUACACCCAGCCUGCGCCCUCCAACCUCAUAGGACCCAUGUAUUUAUUUUCCUUGAGUUUUUAUUUAUGCUGUAACUCGUGUCAAGCAUUGGUUAAAGGGACAUCAGGCCCAGCUACAGGGUGUCAGUAGAUGCAUUUUAAAGCACAGUGGUGCCCCAACCCAGCCACCCGCCAGCGAGACCACACCAGGGUCCAGAGCCCAGGGCGGGCUGGUCCCCAACACACCUAGCGGCCUUCUCACUCCUUUCCACCCACAGGCCUAGCUGGGUCUUGGGACUCCCGGGUCCGGCCAGUGCCCAGGCCUCGCGCAGAGCCCAUGCCAGGGCAGGAGAGAGCUGGCCCUUCUGAAUCUUUCUCUUAAGUCAGAUUAUCAUGGACUAGCCCAUGCUCCACAUCCACCCCAAUAAAAGGAUCUUUCCUACUCCA